AUGGUGGUCCCGGGAACUCUCCCCAGUGGCGGUUUCCUCUACUGGGUGGGGGUGCUGAGCGCAGUGUACAUCACCGUGCGGGCCACCUACCGCCUGCUGGCUGGGCUCCGUGUCUGGGUGCUGGGCAGCCCGGUGGUGCUGGGCCCGGGGUUGGGCGCCUGGGCAGUGGUCACAGGAGCUACUGAUGGAAUUGGAAAAGCCUAUGCAGAACAGCUAGCAAAGCAUGGAAUGAAUGUGGCUCUUAUCAGCAGAUCUCAAGAAAAACUAGAGGAGGUUGCCAGUGAAAUAAAAGAGAAAUUCAAAGUGGAAACAAAAAUUAUUGCUGCUGACUUUGGUGAGAGAGAAGAUAUUUACAGCAGAAUUAAAGCAGGACUGGAAAGCCUUGAGAUUGGUGUUUUAGUCAACAAUGUGGGAAUGUCAUACGCUUACCCUGAAUAUUUUCUUGAUGUUCCUGACCUGGAUAAUACAAUCAAUAAAAUGAUAAACAUUAACAUCAUGUCUGUUUGCAAGAUGACACGAUUGGUGCUGCCCAGCAUGCUGGAAAGAUCUACAGGAGUAAUCCUGAAUAUCUCUUCAGGUGCUGGAAUGUAUCCAUCUCCACUGCUCACUCUGUACUCAGCAACCAAGGCUUUUGUGGAUUUCUUCUCUCGAGGCCUCCAUGCAGAGUACAAGAGCAAGGGCAUCAUUGUACAGAGUAUUCUACCAUAUUUUGUGGCUACAAAAAUGUCUAAAAUCCGCAAACCAACCUUCGAUAAGCCCAGUCCUGAAACAUAUGUAAGAGCUGCCCUUGGUACGAUAGGCCUGCAGUCCCAAACCAACGGAUGUCUGCCCCAUGCCAUUCUUGGCUGGAUCUUGUCUCUUCUUCCCACCUCAGCAGUCAUCAACUUGACAAUGCAAAAACACAAGCAAUUACGGGCUCGCUACUUAAAGAAAGUGAAGGAAAACUAAGUUGCAGCAACUUGAUCAGAUGUUUUGACACAAUUCAGCACCAAAUAGACUUAAUCACGUUUAAAAUUUUCUCUUGCAGUGUUUACUUUUUAAUGGGACCAAACACCAAUUUGGGGUGGGAUUAUGAUAUAACAUGAUUUCUUUCUGGCCUCGACUUUCCAAUAUUGAUUUCAAAAUAUGCUUGAUUUGUUGGUCAUAUGUGACUAUGUGAUACUAACUGGAUUUAAUCAUUAGCUUUAUGUAAUGUAUUUAUACCAAUGAAUAAGGAAUUGUAUCCCAGUGCAAGUAGCUUGGUGAUAAAAGAAAAACCCACAAUAAAGCAAGACACAGUGCUAGAGGAUCUUAAACUACAUUAUUGAAGUCAGAUGGCCUGUGCUUAGUUAAAAAGAAAAAUGGAAGUUGAGGCCAUCACUUUAAUUUUUUCAUGUUGGAAAAGGCCAGUUAUACAACCACCACCUGUUUUCUGAGUUAUGCUUGUUUGGGUGAAGGGAAGAAUGGUGGCAGUUUGUCUUUCAAGUAUACUGCUGGGAGAAAACAUGAUUAUAAAAAAAGAAAGCUAAUGUUCAUUGAUGUAGCCACUCCCCAGCUCAGCUGCAGAGCGCUUGCUAGGACGCUAUAUGGCUUGUCUUCUCGUGAUGUCUCCCCAUGUCUCACUUAGCAAGCUGUAUGUGUAUUGGGACACCAGGGAGAAGUACGUGUAACUUCACCUGGACAGAGCUGCCUGGCUGCUAUGGAUGAGUCUCCAAUAAAACCAUUUCCCGGCUAGUGUCAAGUUAACUCAGCUGAGAAAGACCACCCAUUUUUAGUUAUUUUUUGUUUUACAUCCUAAAAGACCACUCGUACACUAGAUGAAAGCUACUAAAAUGGAUUCUUGAACCAACAUUUGAUUGUUUUGUGUAAAUUUGAAGGAUAUACGGUCAUCUGUUUUAUGAAGUGGAGGGAAGUGAGCCAAAGUAUACAGUGGGAGUGAUUGCUAUAUAUAUUUUAACAUCCUAAAACCACAAUUGUUUAAAUUCUUGCAUCUUGAAUAUUAAUGCUAACUUUUUCAAAAAUAUAUUGUCUUCUGGAUUUGUAACGACCUUUUUAAAAGAUUGAUGCCUGCUGUAAUCUGUAGACAGUUGUAGCACAAUGUAGAUAAAUGCUACCAGU